UCGCUUCGUGUCGCAUGUCGACAUCUCGACGAAUGCAUCAGUGCUAUGUAAAAACAAAAACUCGUGUAAAGUUACUCGACAUCUCAAAGUGUUCGCAGUUGGAGAUAAAUUGCAUAAAAAUAAAAAAUGAAUGGCCAUAAAUAUAUGCAGACGGCUUCGGAUCACUGAAGAUUCCCUCCAAUGUGUUUCAUCCAACAGUAGAAACAGCGACCGCAACAGUGUCGAUGCGAUAAUUUUUUAAGUCUCCUACAGUCAAAUAUUCAUUUGCAAGAUUAACUACGGGCAACGGUGUAGUGCUGGUUGUCACGGGCUGCAACAGUAAAGUUACGCGCGGCAACAGCAGCAGCGGCAUUUCAUCAUGAUAAAGAAGAAUGAAAAACGAUUGUGAGCAUAUAUAAAACGCGCAUCUGUGAGGCGGCAUUGACGCUCCAAAGCUUUUUAUAUGAGAGAUAAUCAUGAUGGAUCCUUGAGGUAUUAAUUUUCCAGCGGCGCCAGCGAAUGGAUGGAACGGUAAAAGUGAAGAAUUGUCUGCCCCCCACCCGGCCUCCCCCCGUAUCCCUCGUAAACGAGCAGCUGAAAAAAGCACAAUAAUCGUAUUCGCAAAAGUAAAUACCGCAGAGAAGCUCGAGGAUCGAAGCUCGCGUUGACCACCGGCGUGAAGAGAAUAAAACCAAGCGGCGAAAAUGGCGAUGGUCAUAUCGCCGCGGGGUAAAAUCGUCACGUUGACUCUGCUGCUGAUGAUAGUCGUGCUGGUGGCCCUCACGAUUGUCAGCGUCACCUUCAUGAGUACACCCAGCGAAAUCAACGAUAAACGAUCGCUCGAUCUCACGACCAUCGAUGACAACGUCGACUCGAAACUGUUUAAGAAUCAACGUUAUUACACGGACCAUCGCCAACUGAAUAAAGAAUUUACUGUGCCAUCGGAUGUAAUAGAUGAAAAUGCUGUCGGUGAAAGUUCCAGAGAAAUACAUCUAAAAGGUGCCAAGCAAGCAGUGCACAGAAACGAAAAUGUAGCAUGGCCAUCCGUGAAAUACAACGAGGCAAAAACCGAGCCUGAAAGUGGCGACGCGUUGCGAGUUCUCCAGUCCACGGGCAGCCAGAGCAAAGGUGAUAAAAGCAACGCGGCGAGAGUCGCUGAGUAUGCAUCGGGCACAGCUAGCUGGAGCGUAUUGAAAGGCGAGCCCGUCGAUCGCAACUACAAGAGUCCAGGGACACUGGGCAUUCCCAAGGGAGCAAAGGCAGAUAAGGGCGGUGCGGGCCAACCUGGCAUUCCUCACAUGAAAGGCUCGCAAGGCCUCAAAGGCGACAAAGGAGAGCCAGGAAAGGACGGAGUACCGGGAACGCCUGGUAAAAUCGGGCCCAAAGGUGAACGAGGCGAGCGAGGCCCCCCCGGCGUCCUUCCCGAGGAUUUUUGCGCGAGCUUGAAGGGCGAGAAAGGAUCGAAGGGAAAACGCGGCCGAAGAGGAAAAGCCGGACCACCCGGGCCCGUGGGUCCACCGGGUGUGCCCAGUUCGAUCCCGGCCAACAUCGCUUUGAGCAAAAUGAAAGGCGAACGAGGCGAGAAAGGCGAGAAGGGAGAAAAAGGCUUGCCUGGUAUUCCGGGACAACCGGGCAGCAAUGGUCCACCGGGUCCACCGGGACCUACGCUCUUAGGCACCUACAUACCCGUGGCUGGACCACCGGGACCCCCAGGCCCACCCGGCCCACCUGGACUUACGGGGACCGAUCAUAAUUUUAUGAGAAGUAGCUUAAAUGAAUUGAAUAUACUCCACGAGCUCAAGCAGCUGAAGGAACUCAAGAAACAGCUGGAGAGCAGUGCGUCAAAAGCUCCGACGUAUAAUGUCCCGAUGAAAGUAGUUCCUGGCACUGUUAUAUUUCAAAGCACCGACGACAUGAAAACGAUGUCAGGUACGUGCCCCGUAGGAAGCAUCGCUUACAUAAUUAACGAGCAAGCCCUAUUAGUGAGAGUCGACAACGGUUGGAGGUUUAUUUCGCUCAGUCAAACAACGGCAAUGGUAAAGAGCAGUCACACGGAUACGGCAGCAUCUCCUUCUCCAGCGAUAAUCGUACCACCGUCGAUCACUACACCUUUCGAGGCUUCUAAUCUGAUGAAUCAGAAGCCAUCGACGCCAUCGGAACUAGCUAAUAAUGGCACUAGUCUAAGAGUGGCGGCUUUGAACGAGCCCUACAGCGGCGAUAUGCACGGCAUCAGAGGCGCCGAUCACACCUGUAACCGACAAGCCCGGCGCUCCGGUUUCCGUGGCUCAUUUCGAGCUUUCCUCAGUUCCAGAGUGCAGAACGUCGACAGCAUUGUCAGAGUCAGCGAUCGAGAUUUACCCAUAGUUAAUAUCAAAGGCGAGGUCUUAUUCGACUCCUGGAGAGACAUUUUUACUGGGAAAUUAGGAACUUUUGCGACGAAAACUCCCAUCCUCUACAGUUUCAAUGGCAAGAAUAUCAUGACAGACAGCACCUGGCCAGAAAAAUUCAUCUGGCACGGCUGGCACUCGCCCGACCAGCCGAUAAUGGACACUUACUGCGAGGCUUGGUUCUCGCAGAGCAGCGACAGGUACAGCUUUGCAUCGCCGCUGGCGAACAACAGAAUCCUCGAGCAGCAACGCCACUCGUGCGACAGAAAAUUUGCACUCUUGUGCAUGGAAGUGACCAGUGAGCCCGUGAGCAGUACUCCACACAGUGACAGUAAAAGAAAGAGACGCUCGACGCUUCGCAAGGACGUCGCUGUGCUUAGCGGCGAGCUUGACUAGAACGGUUUGGCCGACUGUGGCUUUUGUUCGAUGAUUCGUUUUAUCCUAUUAUGCAAGCGCAUACGAAUAUAUUUUAUACAAAUGGUGCUACAGAUAAAAACAUACUCAAAUGUCAUCUUCUUCGCAAGAGUAUUUUUCUCAGACGUAUUAUAAAGACAGCAGAUGUUGUAUGUGACUGAUUUUACAUCAUAUGUAUAGAUUCUUAUAAGUUGAUUUGAAGCGUACUGUUUAAUAGUCAUUCGAUUGUAUGUGUUCAAGAAUAUGCGAGUAAUUUUAAAUAUGUAAAUAUAUAAAUAAUACAAUAAUUAUAAUUACAGUACAACUGUUGAUGGAUGCAUUUAGGCUUGUUCAAACAAAUCACCGAGAUUUUUACUCAGUUCCUUGAACAUUCGUGCAUAAUAUAAAUUGUGAGACGUAUUUUUCUGGAGAAUCCGGUAUAAGUAAAGCUUUUACUCUUUGAUUGGAUGACUUUAAUUAAAAAGCACGAAAACUAUUUAAAAAACGACUGUGAUAGAAUUUUGGAGCACAAUAG